GUUCAAAACAAUCAAGCGCCGGUCCCUCCACAAGUACAGUAUCAACAGGGGCAAGGAGCUCCUGUUCAUCAUCAACAGCCUCUCCAACAUCAAGCACAGCAACAUCAAGCACAGCAACAUCAAGGACAGCAACAACAAGAGCAAAACUACCAGGAUGUUGAACAACCAGGAGGAGGCGUAGGUGAGCAGGAUAGCGGUAGAUUGCCGUUGCCGGAGGAAGGUAACCAGCAUGAAUUGCCACAGCAGGAACAUCAGGAUUCUCAGUUACCACCUCCUGAGCAAGGACAAGUAGAGCAAGUCAACAAACAGCAUGUUGAAGAACAGGAGGUCGCUCAAGUACUAGAGGGCGUUGCAGAACAACAACAACAAGAGCUUCCGGCUUCCCCUCCACAACAACAGGUGCCAGGAGGUGAAGAUGAUCCACAAGCCGAAGAAUACUUCGACGAAGAAUACCAGCGACGUGGCCCUAGACCAGGUCGUGGUGGGCAGAGACCUCCUUCCAAAGUAAAUCGAGGUAUCAACACGAACUCUCGUAAGAACCAGGUGACGAGUCCGAUGAACAGUCGUAAUCAGCAACAGCGAAAGAAUCCUCCUCGUGGUCCACCCGGCGCUCAACAUCAAGAGCCUCUGAAUUCUCCUGAUAUCGCCGAUCCUCUUCACGAAGCAGGAGGAGUUGACGAGGACCACAAGAAACUUCAGAUCUACCUGGAUCAGAUGAAGGAGAUGGGUGUGAAGGUUGUUGAUGCCCUCGCUGAUAAGGAGCUUCUGGCGAAGGCGAAGGUGAUGGGGCCGGUUGUUUUCCGCUACCUGUACAGCGAGAUCGAGUUCUACAGCACUCUGCAGACAGCGAAACUCGUUGCUCUGAUCUAUGAGCACCCACCAUUGGGUGUCUUUUACGUCUUUGUCCUGUUCUUUUUGCUCAACUGCUGUCUUCUGCGAAGCGCAGAUGAAAAAGUGGUGUACGUUUCGGCACCGGCUGCAGGAGCUCCACCUGCACAGGUAGUGUUUGUACUUAGCUUUGUGAAUAAUCAAAUUAAUAUCUUCUAAAAAUAGAUACGAUAGUACGAAGAUCUAAUAUCUUUUUCUUUUCCUAUUGUGAUUCAUUUAGAUGCAGAAACAACACCGAAAACAACUACAGAUGACCUCCUUAAUAAAGAUGCUCAAGUUUUCACCACCUCCAUUCUCUUUCUCUUCCACCUCCAUUCCAUUCUCUUCCCUAACUACAUCCACCUCAAAAAUCUUCCUGCACUCCAGGCCGCUGCGCCCGCCUCGUCGAGUGCUCUUUCCGCUCCACGACAGCGUGUUAGACCAUCUAAGGAGACUAGUUCCCCAUCUUCUUCUGCUCCGUCUCAGCCAGCAGUUGCACAGCCACAAGUGGGGGACCCCCAAGCUGCCGCUGCUCAGCAGGCGCAGCAGCAGAAGCUUCUUUUGUUGCAAGAACGGAAUCAGAAGUUGGAAAGUCAUGUGAAAGAAGUGGAACAUAGGUACGAACAGAGGUUUGCGGAACUCCUGAAACAAGUGGACCAUUUUGCAAAGCGGCAAAGGGACAGCGAGGAAGCGAUGGCCCGAGGGCAUCAACGAGAUGAACUUGUUUUAUGAUGAAAGUCAAAACAUUGCCUUGUUUGCAGGUGCACCAGUUAGUUCGUCAUCUUCUAGAUCGAUUAUCGAAAAAAAGAAUAAGAAGUUUGAGAAAAUAACAAGAAGUCCUCUAUUCCUUCCUCUAGUUGUGUCCCCUUACCUUCUCUUUCUCUCUCUCUCUUCUAAUCCCUUACGUUUCCUUAACCGAUAUGGUGGGCGAUUUGCAGUUAAAAACACAAGAGGCCCUUGCCCUCAUCGGCGACGUGCAAGCAAGAGCUAGUGUUGGUGGAACGAGUCAGGUGAGCACGCCUGUGUCGAAUUCGGGGAAUACUUCAGAUGGGCCGAAGUUUUUUCCCUCCAGCGGGGCUAUCAUGAACCAGGGUCGUGGAGCGGCUGGUGCAACAGGGGAAGAACCAUUCGGAGGACCUGCUAAGAUCCCUUCGAAAUCGUCAAUUGCACCUCUUGGAGGAAUAUCUUCGACGUCGAAUGGAGGAACAUCUUCGACGUCGAAAACACCGACUGGAGCAUCACGACAGCAGCCUAAUGAUAAUUCUUCUAGAAACGGAGGUGGGACCACUUCUACCAGUACUAGUGGUGCCGGCAAUGCUACUAGACCUUCAUCCGGCAAAAAUGCUACCGGCGCUCCUCCUCCUUCAUCCGGCAAUAGUUCUAGACCUUCAUCCGGCAAUAUGAACGCACCUCCACCAGCUUCUGCACAGGCUGGAGGCCGUGCACCAGCCAGUAGGUCAUCACCUGGAGCUUCUCUGGCACCUCCUCCCGCAGCUCCUACGAGCAAAAAUGCUCCUGGUACAACUUCUACUACAUCAUCUUCAAAUGGUGGAGGCGCUGCGCCAGGUGGUAGACAAGAACCCCUUCCUGGCGCUGCGAUGGCGAACACGACUGCGAACCCUUUUGCCUCAACUACGUCAAGUCCCUUUGCAACUGCGACGUCACAACAGCAACCGCAAGAACAUUAUGGCUCACACUAAGUGUAAGUCAUCUCGUCCAUGGGGCGGGUAAGUGGCCUACUCAGGAGUAAUUUCCUUCUUGGAUUCAUCUGAGAAUGUUACGCAGUCUCAGUUUUAUCCUUGGAUUCUGCGAACAUGAUCUUCGCAAAAGAUGACCUCUUCUUGCAGCAACCUGAUCUAACUACAGCAACCGGGCAAACCGUUGCCGACAAACAUGAUGACUGCAGGAGCACAAGGGCGUGGCGUGAAUCUGGUAAAAAGUAACGCAGUCUUGGCGAAUGGUAAAGGUGGUAGUCGCGUGGAAAUGUGAUACUUCUAAGUACUAGAACAAGUCGUUCUCUGAGAAAAAGUAAGCUUUAGAAAAAGAGGUGUUAAGUUUUUACUCAAUAAGUAGUCUUCCCAAAAAUCUGAGUCAUCAAUAUGUGAAAAUUUUCAAAGAAAUCCAUUUCAUGAAUAUCUGAUUGACACUUAACAAGAGUGGAAAAUAGAAGAUUUACUCGCGAUAACAUGAUUCAGAUGAGAGCUAUCAUGUCAUGAAGAUAUUGAGGUGGAACCAAGAACGCAGGUGCAUGCUUGACGUGCUCGCCUUGCUGAUCGUCUUCUACUUGUCAUAGAGAUGUCACGAUCCAGACCACGCUUGUUUGUUGUACAUUGUGAGCAGAUGUAUAUAGUACUAGUCCGUCGUAAAACUGAAAAUCUUCUAGGAAUAGAAUAUGAGUCUGAGUCACGAUCCGCACCACCUCUAUGUUGCAGCACGAGAUGAAGAUAGACCUUAUUUUCGCGGACACUAGUAAUAGUAUCUAUCGUUACACUAAAAUCAUACCGGCGCGGUCAAAAGUAUGCUGGUUGCUCAUGAUGAUGACUUUUAGAACGCCACUUCUAGAGAUGAAGAAACAUGAUAGCCCCUGACAAGAGAUCUCCAUCAUUCCCCUUUUCUCGUACACAGAUGAUUUGAAUUAGGACGUGAUUUAAUUAGGAUGAAGCCCACCCGCCCUCCCUUUUUCCAGGUUCACAAGAAUAAACUAUAAAACUCGUUCUUCCCGAGCGAACCUUCUCCUCAAGCUCAACACGAC